UUCUCUCACUCUCUACAUCAAUUCAUUCCCAAUAACUCUAAUGUUGAUGAUGCCGUUUUCUCAUUCCAUCGCAUGCUAAAUAUGCGCCCUACUCCAUCCAUAGUUGAAUUUAACACGAUUUUAGGUUUUCUCGUUAGGACUAAGAAUCAUUACGCCACUACUAUUUCCCUUUAUCACCGAUUAGAAUUCAACCAAAUUCAACCAUGUAUUGUUACUUUAAACACCAUCAUCAAUUGUUAUUGCCACACAGGUCAAAUGAGGUUUGCUUUUUCUGUAUUUGCUAAGAUUCUCAAAAUUGGUUAUCAGCCUCAUACCAUAACUUUGAAUACUCUUAUCAAGGGUUUGUGUCUUAACGGUAAGGUUCAUGAAGCUCGGCACUUUCAUGACCAUGUCGUUGCACAUGGAUUUCGACUCGACCGGAUUAGUUAUGGUACUUUAAUCAACGGGUUGUGUAAAAUCGGGGAAACAAGAGCCGCCGUGAAAAUGUUGAGACAAAUUGAUGGGAAGUUGGUCAAGGUGGACGUGGUAAUGCACAACAUAAUAAAUGAUAGUUUGUGUAAAGAUAAGUUUGUAAUGGAUGCCUAUGAGUUAUAUUGUGAAAUGAUUGCAAAGAAAAUUAAUUUCAAAAUAUCUCCCGAUGUUGUCACUUUCAAUGCUCUUAUAUAUGGAUUUUGCGUUGUUGGUCAAUUGAGAGAAGCAUUUGGCUUGUUCCAUGAAAUGAUAUCAAAAUUCAUCAAACCAGAUGAUUAUACUUUUAAUAUAUUGGUGGAUGCUCUUUGUAAGGAAGGAAAAGUGAAAGAAGCUAAGAAACUGUUAGCCGUGAUGAUGAAAGAAGGUGUGACACCUGAUGUUGUUACAUAUAAUUCAUUAAUGGAUGGUCAUUUCCUACUUAAUGAAGUGAACAAGGCCAUGAAUAUAUUCUAUACUUUGGCUCAAAGGGGAGUGGCUCUAGAUGUUCAUUCUUAUAGUAUAAUGAUCAAUGGACUAUCUAAGAGUAAAAUGGUGGAUGAGGCCGUCAAUCUCUUCAAAGAAAUGAGUUGCAACAAUAUUAUUCAUAAUUUGAUGACUUACAAUGCCCUUAUUGAUGGUUUGUGCAAAUCAGGGAGAAUCUCCUAUGCUUGGGAGCUUGUUCUUAAGAUGCACGAUAAUGGUCAACCAGCCGAUAUAGUCACUUACAAUUCUAUAAUAUACGCUUUAUGCAAAAACCAUCAUGUUGACAAAGCUAUUGCCCUAGUCAAGAAAAUUAAAGACCAAGGCAUUCAACCAAGUAUGUUCACAUACAAUAUACUUCUAGAUGGAUUAUGCAAAGAAGGACAACUUAAGAAUGCACAAGAUGUUUUUAGGGAUCUUUUGAUUAAGGGUUAUAGUCUAGAUAUCCGAGCGUAUAAUAUUAUGAUCAAUGGACUUUCUAGAGAGGGCUUGUUUGAUGAAGCAGAUGCCUUGUUGUCCAAAAUGGAUGACAAUGGUAUCAUUCCUGAUGCUAUAACUUAUGAAACUAUAAUUCGUGCGCUCUUUUAUAAAGAUGAGAAUGCAAAGGCAGAGAAACUUCUUUGCGAAAUGAUUACUAGAGGUCUACUUGAAGAGUAA